ACAGAAAGCAGAAGAAAAUAAAACCAGGAAAGUAAAGACCCAUAAAAUGAAGGAAUAGAAAGACGCUAAGGAUUGAAUUAUUGGAUUUCUAAACUGAAUGAUGAGCUCACCAAAAGAUGAGAGACCAGUGUGUAAAUAUGGUUCAAAGUGUUAUCGAAAAAACCCACUUCAUCUGGAGGAAUAUCGUCAUCCUAACGAGAGGGAUGAUGAUUCUGAUGAUAAUGAUAAUAGUCCUCCCAGAAAAAGACAUAGAAGUUCCAGUCCUAAGAGAAUAGAGAGUUCUUCCCCUGAAAACAAGCUGGCAUUUUAUUUCACGAAAGUUAGAGGAAUACCAGCCAAGUAUAAUGAUGAUAACAUUGCUGUUGGAAUCAAAGAUCUACUUUCUCAUAAAAUGGGUGAUUUACAAGCAUCAGUACAGUUCAAUUAUAUGAUUGAUAUUCCAUGGCUAAUGCAACAGUACCCUCAAGAUAAAAGGUCCAAACCCUUAUUAAUUGUUCAUGGGAGUCAAGGGCAGUCAAAAACUGAAAUGAUCAAAGAUGCCGAACAGUUUCCAAACAUCAAAUUUUUCCAGGCACGACUGGAAGCUUAUGGUACACACCACAGCAAAAUGAUGCUUCUGUUGUACUCAGAUGGCUUGAGGGUCGUCAUAACAACUGCAAACCUUAUUAUUCAAGACUGGGAUCAGAAAACUCAGGGGGUAUGGAUUAGCCCUAAAUUUCCAAAGAUUUCAUCAAGUGAGGGCAGUUCUGCAAGUUCAUCAGCUGCUUCUACUUCACAAGCAACACCAAGAAGGAAUACUAAUUUUAAGAAAGAUUUGCUGGAGUAUUUGUGUGCCUAUGGUGGAACAGCCCUUGAUGAAUGGAAGAAAGAUGUUCGCCAACAUGACAUGUCUUCUGCCAGAGUACAUCUUAUAGCAUCUGUUCCUGGUCGCCAUUCUGGUUCAAGUAAAUCAAAAUGGGGUCACCUCAAGUUAAGAAAGGUUCUCCAGGAGCAUGGUCCAUCAUCAGCGAACGUCUCACCAAGCUGGCCAGUCAUUGGGCAGUUCUCAAGUAUUGGAUCUCUUGGCAAUGACAAAAGCAAAUGGUUGUGUGGAGAAUGGCUUCAAAGCCUAGCAGUAACAUCAGGAAGGAUGGCUGGAUCUAAUUCUCCUUUAAAACUGGUUUUUCCAUCUGUUGAUGAUGUUCGAAUGAGUCUUGAAGGAUACCCAGCUGGUGGAUCAAUACCUUACAGUCAUAAAACAGCAGCCAAGCAGCCUUAUCUGCCGUCAUUCUUCUGUCGUUGGAAGUCUAACAGCCAUGGUAGAAGUCGAGCUUCUCCUCACAUCAAGUCGUACAUAAGGGUUUCUCCUGAUACAAAUAAGCUUGCCUGGUUUAUGGUCACUAGUUGUAAUCUGUCCAAAGCUGCUUGGGGAGUCACGGAGAAGAACGGUUCACAGUUGAUGAUUCGUUCUUAUGAGAUCGGUGUCUUGUUUCUACCAAAGAACCAGGAACCAAACCAAGACUUCUUUUCAAUACACGGACACACGCAUGCUCAAUCGGGAUCGAGUAUACCAGUSCCAGUCCCCUUUGACCUGCCACUUACUCCAUACAGCAAAGACGACAAGCCCUGGAUGUGGGACGUACGACAUACAGAUAAACCAGACACACAUGGCAACAUCUGGUCACCUUCAUAAAACGACGGCUAUACCCAAUUCAAACACGUUGGUACAAUAGAAAAUAUAUCAUCGAUAAACUUGGUUAUUUUAUGCCUCAGUUGCUUAAAAAAUUAGGGGUUUGGAGAUAAUUAAUUUAAUGGCUUUUCCAUUGUUUAGAUAAAAUUGUGAAAAUCUAAUAAAUAAAAACUUUUUUGGGUUG